GUCCAUGCCAGAAGGUGGACAGAUCAUCGACCUUUCGCGUCUCAUCGCUUCUCUGGAGGAGCUGCAGCUGCGCAUCGAUGACUCACCAAGGAGCUCCGAUGAGCCGGUUCUUGCGGCGGAAGCGUUGCCCUUUGAGCUCAUGCCGGAAAAUCCAGAUGUGGAGCUCAGCAGCAGCCUGCUACCGUGGAAGUGCAUCCGUUGGUCCUGCUUGGCUCAGAUGGGCGUCUGGCUGGUCACCAUCGGAGUCCUCCUCUUCGAUCCGAAGUAUUACGACUCGCCCAUUGCCCCCAGGGAGCUCUAUGAUCGAAUGGUGCUGCAACCGGUGCAGACGGACUGGCCCCACGACUUCUUCCGGCCCUCCGCCUUGGCUUGCAGUGCAGACGGUAGACAUCUGAUGAUUGGAGACCAGUUCGCGAUUUUUGAAUCUGAAGUCGAGCUGUUGGGAGAGCAUCAGAUGGAGUCAGCUCUGGAGCGCAAGGAGGAGGAGGCGAGCCGAAACAAGACCCGGCAGAUCUUAGGCCUGAGGACAGUCAGUCUGGAGACCGCUGUUCCAACAGCAGAGAUUGACUUCUCAUUCAAGAGCAUUGGCUUCCUCCCCGGCAAGAACAAGCUGCUUCUGCUAAACCAAGGAGGCACACAGGUCACUGAGUAUUCUCUCAACGGCCACACCUACGUGAAAACGUGGAGGUUGAGCCCUACGUUGCCCCACAAGAGGCUUGAGAUUAUCCAGCCCGUCGAGGGGCCCGAAGCGGAGCAAUGUGCGCGGGAUGGCUCAGGCUUCAUGAAUGCCGGGUGGAUUGUGUACGCAGCGACAGAUUCCGGGCAGGUCGUCACUCUGUGCCCAACGCAUCGGCAUGAGCUUCAUCCACUCCAUAUGCUGAUCUCCUUGCGACGACGUCGACCAUCUCAGGACGUGGUGGAGGUCGUGGAUUCCCACACGGGUACGACAAAGGCAUCGGCUCAGACUGUCAUCGGUGUACAUCAUGACUACAGGACUGGACACAUUUGGCUGCUGAACACCAACAGCGAGGGCUUUGCGGAGGUGGUUGUCUUCGAUGCCGAGCUUGCCAAGGCAGGUAAGGGAAGUGGAGAAUGCGAUGCAGAGUCCACGGUUUCGGGUUUAGGGCUUAUAGGGUUUAGGGAAGGGUAA